AUGGGUGGAGAAACUCCUCAUCUCACCCCCGCCCCGGCGACGUCACUACCCCGGCUUGCUGAGCGCCCGGUCGGCCAACGUAUCAUCAAGAUCUACACAGAUCGGCUGCGCCAGUUUACCUCGACAGGCCAGUAUGAAGGCCAAAAUCUGGUCUCGAAAUACUUCGAAGCAGUAAAUGAGGACCAGGACCAUGUGAAGCUGUCGGUUUACUCGGUCCCAGACCUGCAGCGUCCGACUUUCGAGGAGGCAACCGCUCAUGAAUUCAAACCAACCCACAUCGGUGCAUCCUUUGGACCCAGCUGGUCCACACACUGGUUUCGCAUCCGCCUGACGGUCCCCGAGGAACUGCGCAAGAAAGAACGUUUGGAAUUUCAUUGGGAUGCCAACAACGAGGGCUUGGUCUGGACCGAAGACGGUCGUCCGUUACAAGGAUUGACCGGCGGCGGAGAGCGUGUUGAAUGGAUUAUCCCGGACGCCUGGCGCGACGGGAAAGAACAUACUUUCUAUAUUGAAAUGGCUUGCAAUGGCAUGCUAAGCAAAGCACGCAUCACAGCUGUGAAUCUCGCAGCACGUGCUCUCUAUUAUGACUUUUGGAUUAUUGGCGAUGCUGCCCGGGAGUUUCCCGGUGAUUCAUGGGAGGCGCACGAAGCCAACAUGGUAGCCAACUCCAUGAUAGACACUUUCAUUGCAGGCAAUGGAAGCCAAGAUUCAAUUCUCGAGGCGCGCAAAAUUGCAAAGAAGUACCUCGGAGAUAAAGUAGAUUCACCCGACGUCUACUCAACAGGCACAGCGCCCAUUGUCUACGCCAUUGGGCAUUGCCACAUCGACACUUGCUGGUUGUGGCCUUGGGCUGAGACAAAACGCAAAGUUGCCCGCUCAUGGUCGAACCAGUGUGAUCUAAUGGAUCGAUACCCAGAGCACCGCUUCACUUGUUCCCAGGCCCAGCAAUUCAAAUGGCUUGAACAAUACUACCCCACUGUCUUUGAUCGCGUGAAGCAAUGGGUGAAGAAGGGCCAUUUCCAGCCGAUUGGUGGCAGCUGGGUUGAGCACGACACCAACAUGCCGAGUGGCGAAUCGCUAGUGAGGCAGUUUCUGUAUGGCCAAAGGUUCUUCGAGCGUCACUUUGGCAAGCGGUGCACAACCUUCUGGCUGCCGGACACCUUCGGGUACUCGACGCAGAUCCCCCAAAUCUGUCGCUUGGCUGGCAUGAGUCGAUUCUUUACUCAGAAGCUAAGCUGGAACAACAUCAACAAUUUCCCUCAUACCACAUUCCAAUGGGUGGCACUUGAUGGGAGCCAAGUGAUGUGCCAUAUGGCACCUGCGGAAACCUACACGGCUGAAGCCCACUUUGGCGAUCUGAAGCGCAGUAUUACCCAGCAUAAAUCAUUGGACAAGGAGAAGAGCUCGCUGCUUGUCUUCGGAAAGGGAGAUGGUGGCGGCGGCCCGACCUUUGAGCAUCUGGAGAAACUGCGCCGUUGCCGUGGUCUGAGCGAUCAGAUUGGCUCGCUCCCACGUGUGAAGAUGGGUGAUUCUGUUGAUGACUUCUUUGCGGGAUUGGAGGCAAAGGCUGCCGAAGGCACCGAGUUUGCAACCUGGUAUGGUGAGCUCUACUUCGAACUGCACCGAGGUACCUACACAACCCAGGCAAAUAACAAACGCAACAACCGCAAAUCCGAGUUCAUGCUUCGUGAGAUCGAGCUACUUGCCACUUUGGCCACCCUGAAAAAGUCCGCCAAGGAGUAUCGGUAUCCGAAGAAAGAGAUUGAUGAAAUGUGGGAGGGUGUCCUCCUUUGCCAGUUCCAUGACUGCUUGCCAGGAAGUUCGAUCGAAAUGUGUUACGACGACUCAGACAAACUCUACGCUGAGAUCUUCAAGACCGGUGAGAAGUUGCGCAAGGAGGCUCUUAAGGCAUUGCAGAUUACUGGUGAUACUGGCAGCAAACAUCUGAUGGCCCUAAACACUUUGCCCUGGCCCCGAGCAGAGGUUGUGAAAAUCCCGGAAUCACUUGGAAAGUUGAAUGGAUCGAAAUAUGCGCUGGUUGAGGGCUCAAGCGGCAUGGUGCCAUGCCGGCCAGUGGAUUUCAAGACUACAGCUGCUGUGACCGUUGUUGAAGUCCAGCCGGGUGUUUUCCGCCUUGAAAAUGGCAAGCUGCGAGUCGACGUGCAAAAUGGCGUUAUUAUCUCCCUAUUUGACAUGGAGGCAAAGCGCGAGGUUGUUGCUAAGGGCGGCAAGGCCGGACAGCUCGUCAUUUUUGAUGACAAGCCCCUCUAUUGGCAAGCAUGGGAUGUCGAGGUUUUCCAUCUGGAGUCUCGCAAAGAAUUGCCUCAUGGCAAGACGGUAGUCGCAGAAAAUGACCUGCACCGGGCCAGUGUUAUGACCGAAACCAAGAUCAGUGACAAGAGCUGGGUCAAGACGACCAUCAGCCUUGCGGCCGCUGUGUCGUCGGAACCAAGCUACGUGGAAAUGGAAAGUGAAGUUGAGUGGCAGGAAACUAUGAAGUUCCUCAAGGUCGAGUUCCCGGUCGACAUCACGAACACCGAGGCAUCCUACGAGACUCAAUAUGGUAUCAUCCGACGCCCGACGCACUACAACACCAGCUGGGACAUGGCAAAAUUCGAAGUCUGUUGCCACAAAUGGGCCGACCUCUCUGAAUAUGGCUAUGGCGUUUCGAUCCUCAACGACUCCAAGUACGGCUUUGCCACUUGCGGCAACCUCAUGCGGUUGUCGUUACUACGUGCCCCCAAGGCCCCCGACGCUCAUGCCGAUAUGGGCCGUCAUCACAUCCGCUAUGCUAUCCUGCCCCACACCGGUAGUUUGGACGCCCGGACGGUACGGGCUGGUUACAAUUUCAAUCAUCCGCUGGUUGGCGAGCCGAUCAACCUUCCCGCAGCAGCCAGCAACAUCUUCAAGUCGGUGUCUGUUCAGAAUGCACCUUCGCUGAUUUUAGAUGCAGUCAAGCGUGGCGAGGAUGAUGAAGAUGUGGCUCAAGACGGUAUUUUCUCGCGCCCUGGGAAGAGCGUGAUUGCCCGUGUCUAUGAGUCUCUCGGUGGCAAAGCCCGUGGCACUAUUCACAGCGCCCUCUCUGUCAAGCGCGCUUGGAAAUGCAAUGUUCUCGAAGACGACGAGGAGGAGCUGGAGAUCUACCGGGAAGAUGGUGUUUCGAUUGAUGUGGAGUUGAGGCCGUUCGAGGUCGCCACGUUCCGAUUGCAGCUGUGA